AUGGAGGCGCCGUUUUGUCACACGCUCGGUCAAGUCGUGCACAACCGCAGGCAGACACCAAUGAAAGCCCUUUUUGCAAACGAAGGUCUCGUUGUGAAGCCAUGCCCCGACUACCUGCUUCGGGGCGACGCUAACGUCCUCACACCUAUCGUACACUCUCCACAGCCGAGACAGCAGUGGCUGCACGACACCGCGCAAAAGCCAUCACUAUUGAUGUUACGUCCUCUAAGCUCGACCGCUACAUCGCUGGGCACCACCUCGUCAUGCUCGUCACAUUUACCUACUAUGCCGGCAUCAUUCGCUCUGCGAUUGGGGAAUUCCUAUUUCGUUACUAGGAACGAUAUGUCUCCCGCUAUGCAAGAGCUGAGCGAGGCAGCAAAGGAGGCUGCCAUUAUCGUCUCGAACAAAGUUGGCAUGGACCCAAUCAUCGAUCACCUCUACGCUAUCAUCACCAUCGGAGAAGUCACGACAAAGAUGGAAAGGUAA